AUGAUCAAACGGUCAUUUAUUUCGCUAUUAGCGGCAGCAAUCGUCAGCAUUAGUGGUGCUUCUUCAUCUCGAUUCCUCUCGAAGGAACUCCUAACAGGCAAAAUGGGCCUGUUAUCACCACCGGGGAAUUCUGAUUUUGAAGGUUGCAUGGAUAACACAUUCGACAAUGCACAAAUAGCUUUCAACAUCAAACUCGGCAUAGAUCCUACACUAACGUGGAAGAACGCUACGGAAUUGGCAGAGCAGGUGCACGUGCUUAUCGAUAAGAGUGUGGAUAGUUUUGUACAAGUAUGCAACGCUCGACAACUCUACGCUUUCAAACUUGGCUACACAUAUCCGUUUUGCGUGAAUCGUUUCUAUCUUCUGAAUCGGGACGCGACGGAUUUCAAUGAUGCGGUCUUCUAUGUGCACAUCUUUAAACACCUUGAAUUCAUCUGCAGCACUGGAUUCGAUGUUUUCCAACAAAAUCUUCCAUGUAUUGUUAAUGCGGAGCACACCGGUGGUACUGUAUAUCAAGCGUGUUACUACAAAUUCCAGCAGAUAGUUCAAAACAAUCCGUAUAGAUACUGCGAACCGGUUGGACUCAGUGUGAGAAGGAGCGAAUCGGAUUCGCCUACGAUUGCCCGGGACUCUCUUGCUGAUCAGCAGUUGAUCUGA